CACCAUCUUUCCCCUAUAUAUAUAAUAUAAAUCUUCCCAUUUCUCCACAACACCAAGUAUCACGCAUAUCUAUUCACUACAAAAAACAUGGCUAAGCUCGUCGCAGUUGUCGUCGUUGGUCUUGUAGCAUCAUCCCUCAUGGCCAUGGUCUCGGCAAGAAAUUUAGCAGCGCGUCUGAAAGUGGCGGAAGAGGGGCCUAGCACGUGCUGGGAUGCGUUGUCGGAGCUUCAAUCCUGCAGCGCAGAAGUGGUUAUGUUCUUCCUUAAUGGGGAGACUCAGCUGGGCGCCAACUGCUGCGCCGCCAUAGGAGUCAUUGAGCAUCAGUGCUGGCCCUCCAUGCUCGGAACCCUCGGCAUCACUACUGAAGAAGGCAACGUUCUCCGCGGCUACUGCGAUGCCACCAACUCCGCCACCGCCUCUGCCCCCGCAUCCAGCUUGGACCAAUGCUACAACUUCCCACGCUUGCAAAACUAAUUGUAAUUUUUAUUUAUACAUGUCACUGCACUACUCUUCGUCCAGAGUGAUUAAUAACAUGAAAUAAGGUUGCGCCACCCUUCUGACGCACUACUUUUAAUU